AUGGCGGUGGUGGAAAUGGAGCCGACCAAGCAGCAAAAGACCACGCGGGCGCCAAGGAGUAGAUGGGGUAACUCCUCAGAGAGACGGGACGAGGAGAAUGUUGCUGAAGUGCGCGCCUCUCCUCGUACAUGGAACCCCAAGCUGGAGCUGGAUGGGGUUGCCAUCACCUACAAUGCUUCGGUCCGAGAGUAUAAUCGAGGCCGGGCAGGGUAUGUGGCGGAUGCCUUAGAGCAACCCUUACUCCUUCCUCGGGACAUGGAGGCCUAUAGGCGAUUCUCUCAGCCCGAGCUCUUCCUAUCCCUAAAAAGGGAUCUCGCGUUGAUUACUCAGCAGGUGUUCGUGGCUGAUGAGUUCUGCCGCGAUAGCCGUAGUCGGGUUGAGGCUGAGACCCAGGCUCGGGCGGAGAUGGAGAAAGCCUUGGGAUCCCUCAAGCACGAGCACCUCAAACUCACGGACGAUUUCAAGGUGUCGGAGAACCGGCGCAAAAGUGCAGAGGCUGGUUUAAAGAGUGCUGAGGCCCAGGCGGAGGACCAGCGCAAAGAUCUGUACACGACGCAGCUUAACCUCGUCACCGAGAGGCAAGCAGUGCAGGAUCUCAAGCUUGCCCUGCAGAAAGUAGAGGAUGAGCUGAGGCGGGUAAAGGAGGAGGCCCAGCUGAUCCGAGAGGCUACAGAGGCCGAGAAGAAUGCUGCUCGCCAGCUCGGGGCUGAAGAGACGGAGGCCAGGUUGUCUGAGGAGAUUCCCGAGGUAUGCAGGGAGUACUGCGGCAUUUCAUGGGCGCAUGCUCUCGACGCUGCAGGAGUUCCUGCGGAUUCGGAACUAAGACUGCCCGAGAGCAUCUUCUAUCCUCGGGAGAUCCGUGCGAAUCCUGAAGACGCUCAAGUGUCUUCAGAGCAGGAACUGGCGGUGCCUGAUGCCGUCCUUGUGCCUGAUAUGGCGGAGGAUCCCGCCACAGACUCUACCAUCGAGGUUCCUCCUUCUCAGCCCGAGCAGAAAGAAGAUCCUCCUGCUCAAGCCUAGCCUUUUAGGCUUUCAA